GGGACCGGGAUUGUAUUUGGAAAAACACAAAAGAAAGACUAAAAAUAUGUGUAUGAAAACCGUGGGAGAAAGGACUAAACGAAUCAUUGCUAUAAUCCUGAUCCCCUUGUUGGCACACACACAGCUCCUACCUAGUUCAUAAAUCAAACUCAGAUUGAGCGUUUUAAUGAAACAAAACAAAGAGUGACUCAGAUUGAGACAUGACAAUUGUGCGGUUAACAACCUUAACGUUUCUCUGGUUUAUAUCUAUACUCCUUAUUAACCCUUCACUCUCCGGCGUCGUCCAUGCACAGUUGCCUGAAAAACACGUGGCCCUCUUCGUCUUCGGCGAUUCACUAUACGAUCCCGGUAACAACAAUUACAUCAACACUACCAAUGACUACAGAGCCAACUUCUGUCCUUAUGGGAAGACUUUUUUUCGUUUUCCCACCGGUAGAUUCUCGGAUGGUCGUCUAAUACCUGAUUUUAUCAGUGAAUAUGCCAAACUUCCAUUGAUUCCCCCAUAUUUAGAGCCUGGGGUUUCCAACUAUGCAUAUGGGGUGAACUUUGCCUCUGGUGGGGCUGGAGCUCUUGUUGAGAGUCAUCAUGGUUUUGUGGUAGAUCUUCAUACUCAACUAAAGUACUUUAAGAAAGUGAAGAAGCGGUUGAGUCAAACACUAGGCCCUGCUAAAGCCAAGAAAUUGAUCUCUGCAGCUGUUUACAUGUUUAGCGUGGGUGGCAACGAUUACAUUGACCGUUUUACGGCUAACUCCACCGUUUUCAACAAGAAGUAUAAGAAAGAAUACGUUGGCAUGGUGUUAGGCAAUGCAACCCAAGUUCUUCAAGAAGUAUACAAAAGAGGAGGAAGGAAAUUUGGGUUUGUAAAUGUUCCACCAUUGGGUUGUCUUCCAGGCCUCAAAAUGCUUAAACCAUAUAAUAAAAGUGUUUGCUAUGAUGAAAUUACAUCUCUGGCUAAAAUACACAAGGCACUACUUCCUAAAGUCCUAAAAAAGAUACAGAGUGAACUUUAUGGUUUCAACUACACAAUUUAUGAUUUGUUUACUUCUAUGAGUAAAAGAAUUGAUGACCCUUCCAAAUAUGGUUUCAAGGAUGGUAGUAUGGGAUGUUGUGGCAGUGGUUUAUACAGAGGAGUUUAUAGCUGUGGUGGGAUGAGAGGAGAGAAAGAAUUUGAGUUGUGUGAUGAUGUUGGUAAUUUCUUCUUCUUUGAUUCUGUUCAUCCAUCUGAAAAGGCAUACAAGCAACUAUCACACAUGUUUUGGAGUGGGGGCCCUGAUGUCACAUGGCCUUACAAUCUUAAACAAUUUUUUGAAUUUUAGUGGCCAAUAUACAUUCUACCGUGCAUCAAAGGACAAGACCCUACCGGGAGGAUCUUCACAUAGAGGAGGAGCAUAGUCUUAGUAUUUAAUAUUAUAUCCUUUAUAAAAAUAAGUAACUUUUAUUUCUGUGUGCAUGUACGUAUUAAUCCAUGAACGUCUAUGUAAAUUAAUGCACAUUGUCUUAGUACAAAGGAAAAUAUGUAAUAUAUAAAAGUACUACAGAUGAGUAAAACCAGAAAUGUGAUAUUAAUAUCAUGAUUAAUUAUAUUUA